AUGGACCUGUUCAUGCGUUACGAGACAGACUUCCUUGAGAUUACGAACAGCGUAACUGAUCGAAUUGAACGAAUUCCUUCGCUAUCCGGCAAUGAGAAACGAGGUGAGAUUGAGGAAGCCGAAAAUGAAGUGCAAGACGCCGAGUCCACGCUGGCCAAGCCAGCAGCUUCCUUCCUCUCCAUGCACUUGUCGCACCUGAUGGCGGCCGUGAAGAACCACCUCGCUCUCUGA